AGAACGUGACUCGCUGGCCGAGUGUACCUGCUAAAGCCAAAAAGACAUAGGGCAGGGAGGGCAGGGCUCAUGCUUACGCAGAAGAUUUGGAAAAUAAAAUCUGGAUCAAUCAUCAUACAUUAUUAUGAUUCCAAAACACAAAUAAAUAAAUAAGUAAAUCACACUGUCAUGGAUAAUAGAUGUGAACACUACCAAAGGAAAUGUGCAUUGCUGACCCCCUGUUGCAAUAAAGAAUACAAAUGUCGAGUAUGUCAUGACGAAGCUGAGGGUCAUGUAUUAGAUAGAAGGAAAGUUAAGAACAUUGUUUGCAUGCAGUGCAGAAAACAACAACAGGUCAACCAACAUUGCAUUGAUUGUGGAAUAUUAUUUGGAAAAUACUCGUGUUUGAUCUGCAGGUUGUUUGAUGAUGUUGAUAAAAAACAGUACCAUUGUGAUGAGUGUGGGAUGUGUAGAGUUGGUGGCAGGGAUAAUUUUUUCCACUGUACAAAAUGUGGUUUGUGUCUACCAAAAAGUAUUAAAGAUACUCACAAGUGUUUAGAGAAUGUAUCUCGAAAAAACUGUGCUGUGUGUUUAGAGGAUUUGCAUACUUCUCGAAUGUCAUGUCAUGUUCCCAGUUGCGGCCAUCUUAUCCAUCGGAAAUGCUUCGAAGGUAUGCUACAACAUGGGCAAACCAGUUGUCCGACAUGUAAUAAAAGUUUAGUUGAUAUGUCAUCGCACUGGGAGCAUCUGGACAGGAUUAUAUCGGAAACUCCCAUGCCAGAAUUGUAUCGAGAAUAUCACGUCAAUAUAUUGUGUCGAGACUGCCAUAAAGAAAGCAAAGUUGUGUUUCACGUCAUCGGAUUAAAAUGUCAAACGUGCGGUGGUUAUAACACGACACGAAUAGGCGGUGACGAUCCUCUGCCGGAAGAAGCGUUAGACGAUAUGACGGAGUUGUCUGUUGCAUCGGAUCACGAGGAUUCGUGGGAAACUGUUAGCGUGGAGGAGAGUGAUGCUAUCGAGAGAUUAGAUAGUGAAGAAUGCGAAACAAAUGAACAAGUUGAGGAGACGAUUACACGAAACGAAAGCGAUCCUUCUAAUAACAGCUAACAAACAUUAACCUAACAAUUAGCCAAUGUUUAAAGCGAAUUUAUAAACAGCUAUCUAGCAAAUAUACGAAUAGCAGCUUUCUAGCGCACAUGUGAAUAGUAGCUAUCGAACAUACGGAAACGGCUAGCGAACAUACAAAAACCGCUAGCGAACAUAUAAAAACCGCUAGCGAACAUGCGAAAACCGCUAGCGAACAUACGAAAACAGCUAGCGAAUAUACAAAUAACAAUUAUCGGACAUUCGAAAACAGCUAGAGGACAUACGAUUACCUAACAAUUAGCGAAUGUAUAAAGUGAAUUUAUAAACACCUAUAAAUGUACGACAAACUAUCGAACAUUCAAAUAAAUAGUAGCUAUCGAACAUACGAAAACUGCUAGCGAAAAUACGAAUAACAGCUAUCGAACAUUCGAAUACGGCUAGCGAACAAUCAAAUACUGCUAGGGAACAUUCGAAGAGCAAGUGUAUACGGAAAGUUUAUCAGUUACUGUUAUUUUUGAAAUUUUUACGGUCUGAAAUCUAAAAUAUUGAGUUUUCUUCAAAAUUUGUCCUCAGUUUUUGGCAGAUUCUUUAUAAUUUGCGAAAAAGAUUUGUUCAGUUCAUAAUAUACAGCGGUGUAGUAAAUAUAGCGUGUUUCCACGAGGCGAAUCGAAAGGCUAGAUCGCAUUCGAAAUAUUUGCUUCGUCGAAAAGUAGGAACAGUUCCUACUUUGUAAUUGCAAACUUUUUCGCUGCUUCCUUCUUUUAACCAAUCAAAAGAAAGUUAUUGGUGUUUAUUUUUGAUAGACUUAUUACUGAAAAAAAUUCAAAAAAACUGAUUUGAUUUUAAUAACCAAAAGAGUGCUAACAUUCACUAUUUAAAGUUCGCCACAUCUUGUGUUUUGUGAAGAAAAAAGAGAUAUUUGUAAAAAGGGUAGUUCGCGGAAUUUUGCAAGUUCUAACCCCGUGGAUGAUAGAAACCCCGAGGAUGGUUAAAAAAGAAACCUUGUUUUUCGUUUUAUUUUAUUUUGUUUUAUAUUAUAUUUAUAUCUUUAUAUUAUAGUGUAUUAUUUCCUCUUUUUUAUUUUAUAUUCUUUGCAA